UGGGCAGUCUGGGUGAUUUCUCCACGGUCCCGUUAAAAGGCAAAGCUGGUUCGGUUCUUCCACUCUACAUGACCCCUUCAGCUCCCGCCGGAGAAUCCGCACCGACGGCCGGAACGGCUGCCUGAUUUCCGGCGAAUUGGUCCUUUUUGGUAGCAUUGGAUCGGCGUGGAACCAGGAUGAGAGGGGAUCUCACUGCCGUUCUCUUUGUUCCCAUCGGAGUGAUGUGAGCGAGAGGCCUUCUGUCUGAAUCCGGCUUCCCGUUGUGCCUCUUCUUUUUCAUAUAUUUGGACGGUAAAAAUGGCUGGAAUUUCUCUCCUAAUCGAGCUCCUGAGGAAGAAACCGGCCCUCUCUAAUUCUUCCGUCUUUCAUUCCUCCAAUUUCUUCUCAUCCGUUGUCGCUGCCUCCGCUGCUGCUGCAUCCGUCGCUGCAUCUCGACCUUUCGCAUCUAGGUUUCUUUUUAGUCAUAUUGCCUAUUGUGAUGCUGGUGCUGCUGUAUGGGGUGAUGAUUACAUUUCUAAUCUACAUAAAGGUUCUGAGAGUAUAUUCUACAAUGAAGCAAGUAGUUACAGAUUGAAGGAAUACCCAAUAGAGCUGAAGCCCCUAUUUUCAGCUUUUGGACUAAAGGCUCUUACCAUGACAACCAUAAGGGCACUUUUGAUGUUUUAUCUUCCACUUUUGGAACCUCGUUCACACUUGGAAGAAGAUGAUGAAGAUUUUCCAUCAGAUGCAGAAGACGAGCGUGUUGAUCUCGUCACUCCCUUGAAGAAGUCAGUGAAACAAAUCUUUCGCGAGUCUGCUGUGGUAACAACUAGACGGGUGCUGGAAAGAAUUUCUGUACAUUACAUUUCCCAGAGGAUGUCAUGGAAACUUCUUAAAGAUCUACCAAAGUCAGCCAAACGCAAGGCUGGAAGAGGCAUGCCAACUCUGGUCUUCUUCCAUAGUGUCACUAAAUCAACAUUUAGAGGACAUUUUCUUGCAGUUGCUGCAUCAUGGUUGGUGCAAGUUGGAAUAGAUAUAUACCGAUGCAUCUCUGUGGUGGCUAAGAAUACCGAUGCUGUUGUUAGAUCAAACCAAGUCCAGUUUCUUGGGAAAAAGAUUGUUGCCACAACUGUAAGGUGUAGUUCAUCAUUAGUGUUUGCGUCCAUUGGAGCAGGAUUGGGUGCCACCAUAUUUUCCCCUUCAGCAGGACAAUGGAUUGGUUGUGCAGUUGGAGAUUUGGCAGGACCUUUCAUUGUUGCCAUCUGUAUUGACAGAUUUAUUGAUGUCGAAUUGUAGAACCAUGGCCAAGUCAGUUUCUAGUUCGUGCAAAUAUUAUGGAGCACGUCUUUGUAUUCCUGCAGAUGCGCUUUACUAUGUACUAAAUUUGCUGCCGCACUUUGUGGACAGGUGUACUUAGUUUUGAUUGAGAGUAACCAUAGCGCUGCUGAAAUUUGAUACGACAGUAGCACAUCUUGAUAAACACAUGUAGUUAGGUUGUUUAAUGUUGACAUUUGAAGUUUUCGCCCGAUUCUAGAUGCAGAUACAAAGAAAUUAAUGUGCUUCUGCAUACUUUGUCAAAAGGUAACUCGAGCAUUUUGUCUCACUUCAAUUGACAUAUACUUUCAGUGCCCA